CAUCUUGUGAGUGAAGGGCAUUGAAUGGUUGUGGUUCUGUAGUAGAUUGGUCCGUGAGAUUGGGGAAUUUUGCUUUGGUGGAAGCGUGAGUAAUUUUUGUGUGAAGAUACAGUUUCUCCGAUGCCUCCUUAGUCUCAUGACAAGCAGUGAUGGCAGGACAUGAUUCUGGAGCGCAUCCACAAUUCACAGGGUUUCAAAAAUACUUCAAUUCUUACACCUUGAUUGGCCGAAGGAAUUGUGUAAUAGCCACAUAUGCAAGCGUUGCAAUGCUCAUCCUGUACUUCAAACUAAGGCCUAAAAAACAAAAACCAGCUGUGACAGAGAAAUAAAAUGGGUUGUUAAUGUGCUGGUAGUGAACUUCCAAUGUGGUAUUGAUGCAGCCAGAAAAAAACUGAUGUACAGUUCAAAUAAAUCAUGACCAGUGAUGGAAUUUGUCUUCUGUACAUAUUGCCAGUAGUGAAGUGAUUCUACAUAAACAAUAAACACGUCUAAAAUGUUCCAAUUUA